AUGAGGACUCUAAAAUACCUCCAGAGUAAUGAAUUUCUCUUGGACGUGGACUUAUGGAGACUUUCUGCAAACUCGGAGGAAUUAAAUAAGGUAAAAAAUAAGCCUCAGCUCUGUGGAAAAUUUUUGGAAACUGUGAAGGAAUAUGUCAGUGAAUCAGGAUCACCUAUGAACUUCAUCUCCACACUCAGAAAGCCUAUUUUGCAAUUUUUCCAGGGUGACCUCUGCCAGACACACCAGAUUUAUUGCCUCAAUCAUACCACCACUGUCUUCUACUUGGAAAAGAUGAGACAGAGGGAAGAUUUUGGCAUCUACCUGAAGUGGUGUGAGCAGGGGGAGCAGUGCAGGAGGCUGCACCUGACAGAGCUGCUGGUGGUUCCUCUGCACUGCCUGACCCGCUAUCUCCUCCUCCUGAACAACAACUGGAAGAGGAGCACUGACAAAACAGAGAAAGUUUCUAUCUGGUCACUUGAAGAAAAAGUGGAGAAGUCCAUGCAGGAUCUGGAAGGUAAAGUCAAGUGUUUGGACAACUUUCAGAAAUUCAGGCAGCUCCAUGAGGUCAUAAUUUGGCCUGAAGUCUGGGAUCAUUACAAGAGAUUCUUUGUCCCAGAGGGUUUGAAACAAAGCUUGAGAGAGAACAGUGAAAACAUUCUGUCUUCAGCAAGCAGACUUCUUCACGACAGGAGGCUGACAUUGGCAGAAAGCACAAGACUUCUUGAUGUCUACCGCUUUCUAUUUGAUGAUUUCCUAUCAAUCACCAAAAUUAAACAUAACAAAAAGAAAUACGGGGGCUCAGACACAGGCUUAACCCUUGUCUGUCCUUCCCUUGCUCCAGAGCUGCAGUCAGUUGUAAGAGAAGGUGGCUUUUGCCAAGUCUUGGACCAACCCAUCACACUGGACAGACUAAUACUGAAAAAUGUUGAUGCCAUCCAUAAAACAUGGAUGUCAGAGAUAGAAAGAGCAAUCUCCAAUUACAUGAAGUGA